ACUCGCGUACGAGCCAGUGCAGUAUCACUUCCUACAAAUCAAAUGUGACAUCGAUAAAUUAUGUUCUAAAUUUAAAAUGGGCGCGAAUUAUUUCGUUUUCUCUUUUAUUUUUUUUCUGUGCAAAGGUCUUGGAGUUAUACGGCCUGAGCCUAGCACAAAGUCUUUGAACGAGGGAAAAGGUAGUUUGGUGUUCGUGUUCGACACUACGGGGUCUAUGUUCAAUGACUUGAGGCAGCUGCGGGAGGGGGCCGAGAUGAUCUUGAACACCGCGCUGGAAGAAAGCCACGUGAUAGCGGACUUUGUGUUCGUGCCGUUCCAUGAUCCAGGUGUCGGGCCGGCGACGGUCACGACGGACAAGGAGGUGUUCCAGCGGGCGCUGGCGGGCGUGGGGCGCGUGUACGGCGGCGGCAACUGCCCCGAGAUGACGCUGCACGGCGUCCGCCUGGCGCUCGCCGUCAGCCGCCCGCGCUCCUUCCUCUACGUGUUCACGGACGCCUCCGCCUACGACCACGGCCUGCUGGCCGACGUGCUGGACGCCGUGCAGAGGAAGCAGAGUCAGGUGGUGUUCGUGCUGACCGGGCACUGCAACGACGUGGACAAGCCCACGUUCCGCGUGUACCACCAGAUCGCGACCGCCAGCUCGGGCCAGGUGUUCAACUUGAACAAGACCAGCGUCCACCAGGUGUUGGACUUCGUGCGAAGUUCCAUUCGAGGCCGGACAGUCAACCUCGCGUCCGCCGUCAACCCGCCCGGCUACAACUAUACGCAACAGAUUCCAGUAGACAAGUCGGUGGGAGAAGUGACAGUGUCGGUGUCCGGCGCCAAGCCGCAGAUCCGCGUGCUGAGCCCCAGCGGCGAGGAGCUCGAGGGUCCGCCCAGACUCCUUACCACACUUGAUUUAUCACAAAUAAUGAUAGUAAAAGUGCUCAACCCGGAGCCCGGCAACUGGAGUGUCACGGUGGGCAGCGAGGAGCAGCACUCGGUGCGGGUGCUGGGCCGCUCCGAGCUGCGCUUCCAGCACGGCUUCUCCGUGCAGCCGCCCCAAGCCAUGCCGGAGACCAGCUACCGACCUUUGAAAGGCACAUACAACCAUAUGUUGAUAUCACUGAACGGAUUCGAUGCACCCAUACAUAUGGAGCAAGCGCAGCUGCUGAGUAUGGACGGCAAGCCUUUGUUCGAAGUGCCGCUGAAGGUGCUGGACAAGCAGAGGCAGACAUACCGCGCUGACGCGUUCAUACCGCCCGAUGACUUCUUCAAUAUCGCUAUUAUCGGUCGCGAUGAAAAUGGACAAGAAAUCCGGAGAAUCGGUCCCACUGCAGUGCAGGCUAAACCUCCAGAUGCACCUUAUUUGGUUGUGAGUGACAAGAUAGCGGCGCGCGCACACUCGCGGGUGGUGCUGUGGUGCCACGUGGACAGCCUGGUGCCCGUGUCCGCCGCGUGGGCGCGCGCCGGCGCGCCGCUGCAGGCGAGGACGCAGGCCGUGCAGAGCACAUCGAUCGAAUACGUCAUAGAGGAAAUGGAGGAGGGUUCCGUGGGCGCGUACCAGUGCGUGGCCAGCAACGCGGCCGGCGCGACGGAAGCCACCACUGAGCUGGAUAUGAUUGUGGAUCCGCCGCGGGUGGCCGUGUCGCCGAAGAACGCAACGUUGACAGAGGACGAUACCCUCACCCUGACUUGCACCGUGUUCAGCGAGGCUCUGCUCAAACGUACUCAGAUCUUGUUCAACGGGACCGUCAAUAAUAAUUACACGACGAACAUUGAUUUGGAGCCAUCCAUAGACGGAUACUAUACGUAUAGCCAGACUAUUCAGAACGCGAGCCUCAGAGACGCUGGAGUAUACACGUGCGUCGCUUCCAAUCGAGGUGGCACAACAAACCGAUCCUCCUACAUUCAGGUACAAUUGAAACCUACCGCCCAAAUCGUGGGCGAACAUACAAUAACCGAACAUAUACAUGCAGACGUACAACUCACUUGCAACGUCCACAACGCUGCGACGGUACAAUGGCUGGACGUCAAUUAUAAUAUAGUUAAGGAGUACGAAGUAAAUGGGAGUUAUUCCGCUGUGGUAGACAUUAACAAUGUCACAGAAGAUGGGGUUUGGACUUGUGUUGCUGUAAAGGACGCUCUUACAGCUGACGAUAGUGUGAAUUUGACAGUAGUGAUAAAACCUCGAGUAACAAUUGAGGGUUCGAGGAACAUAACUAUUGUAAACGGGACAACACAAGAGAUAACCUGCACGGUGGUCGGGAAGCCGGCUCCUGUAGUUGUCAACUGGCGCUCGGAGUCGGGACGGUCUUUGCCUUCUACUUUAACGAAUCCAGAAGCAAACAUGUAUAAAAGUGUAAUAACUUUGGAUAGUACUAAGGGGUCUGUAAACGGCACGUAUUCCUGUACUGGGCUAAAUUCUGAAGGCGAAGAGAAAGACAACAUCACUGUUAGAGUGAGAACAAAAAUGACUCUACUUCAAGGGUUUUCAGAUACAUCAGUUGAAUUAUAUUCGCAAACCGAUUUUCACUGUUUGUUCGAUGCUGAUCCUGUUCCCAACAUUACCUGGUACCAUAACGGCACUGCGUUGAAUACAGAUAACAUCAAUAUAUCGGAUGACAAUACUAUAAUUAACAUACAGAAAAUCGAUUUUGAUGAUUUGGGUCUGUACGUAUGUGAAGCAGACAAUGGCUACGAGAAGAUGACUGUCAAUGGAACCUUGAGUGUUUAUGAAUUAGAAGGCCCUGUUAUAUCUAAGGAAAUUGGUAAAAUUUCAACGCUGGAGGGAAAAUCGACAAUAAUGACAUGUAGAGUUCUAAAAGGCAAUCCAGAACCAAAUAUUCAAUGGGAGUUUAAGCCAAAAAUAUCUAACAAUUUUACAACAUUGCCACAAAAUGUUGAGAUUAAUGAACAAAAUGGUAUUAGGAUUAAUAAAAUAUCCAAACAAAAUGCCGGUGUAUAUAAAUGUAUUGCCGAGAAUAUUAUUGGAAGCGAUUUGUAUGAAGUAGAAUUGAUUGUACAAUAUCCACCAGAAUUCAAUGUCUCACGAGAGACUCAUUCAGAACUGGAAGGUCCUAAAGAAGUACAAGUUGGAGAAACGGUAAAGUUGCAAUGCAAUGUGAGCGCGGUGCCGCCGCCGAUCGUCACGUGGACCAAGGACGGCUCGCCUGUCGUUUGCUGUACUCGUGUAUAUUUAGGUGAAAACUACAGUCUGGUUAUAGCAAAUGUUACGAAGUUUGAAUCCGGUAUUUACGCUUGCAACGCGAGUAGUGCUUUGGGAUUCAUUUUGAAGAAUUUUACUAUUAAUGUGUAUAAGGCUCCAGAAAUAGUGAAGCGUGGGAAGCCUGAGACGGCAGUGGUGCAGGGGCAGCUGGUGGAGCUGGCGUGCGGCGCGCGCGGCGAGCCGGCGCCCGCGCAGCGCUGGCUGCACGACGGACAGCCCGUACUGGAGCCCAGGAAAUACGUGGACGAGUAUGGCCUGAGGUUCGCGGCAAACUUGUCAGAUUCCGGAGUGUACACCUGCCUGGCCACCAACCAUUAUGGGAACGCGUCUGUCAACUACACCGUCUUCGUUUGGGCGUCACCGUACUUGGAACCGCCGCUGGAAGUAUUGGAGGAAGUAGAAUCAGGCGCGAACCUUAGUAUCGAAUGUAACGCGGUCGGGUUCCCUGAACCCACCAUCACGUGGAAGUUCCGAGGUCACAUCCUGAAUCAUAAUACCACUGAUUUGAGUUUGAACGAGUACGGUCAUCUAAGGAUUACAAACGCUAGCGCCCAAAACGAAGGUCCGUACCACUGUGUCGCUGAGAAUACAGCGGGCUCCGCCAACAAGACGUACUAUGUGAGUGUGAAGGAAUCGCCAAGAAUCUUCGAAGACAAUCAUACGGGACCCUACGUCGUCGCGUCGAACUUGGAUACUGCCCUGGUCAUUCCGUGUAAAGCUGCGGGUAAUCCUAAACCUCACAUCGCUUGGAUUAAAGACGGAUUUUAUCUGAAUACAGACAGCCGCUACGGCGUAGGCUCGGACGGCGCGCUGACGAUCAAAGAGCUCACGGAGGAUCAGAGCGGAGUGUACACCUGCGUCGCCGCCAACAGCGCCGGGAACGCCACCCGGGACAUGCCUGUCAGAGUGUACGCUGCGCCCGAAUUGAUGCAAGACGCUGCAACGCGCUCCGACGUCACAGCAGUGGAGGGCGCGAGUGUGACGCUGCAGUGCCCGGUGCGCGCGGGCGACUACUCCGUCACAUGGUACAAGGACACAACGCUGAUCUCCAACGGAAGCCUACAUUUCUCCAACGUGUCCCGCGCCAACGCGUCCACGUACACGUGCGUGGCGACCAACGCCGCCGGCGCCGCGCGCUCGGCCGUCGCGCUGCGCGUGCAGUGGCCGCCGCGCGCGCUGGCGCCCGAAGACGAAACCGUGGAAGCUGUGAAGGGAGGCGCGCAUUAUCUGGACUGCAGGACCGACGCAAACCCGAGAGCUAAGACAAAAUGGCUGUUCAACUCUAGACUACUUUUGGGAGAGGACAAAGACUUGUUGAAACUAUCGAACCUUAGCUUGAGGCACGGCGGAGUGUACCGCUGCGUGGCCGGGAACCAACACGGCUCUAUAUACAAACAGUUCAACUUCACUGUUUUAGAGCCGCCCUUCAUAUCGGAGUUGGAGCUGCUGGAGGUGCGGCUGAAGGCGGGCGCUGGUGCGACGCUGGAGUGCGCCGCCAGAGGGACUCCGACACCUACUAUCUCUUGGACGUUUAACAACACAAACUGGGUGGUGCAGGGCUCCGGCGCGGUGUGCGCGAACGUGAGCUCGGCCGCGGCGGGCGACUUGCGCUGCUCGGCCGACAGCCGCGCGGGCGUCGCGCGACUCACGUACCGCGUCGCGUUGGCGGCCGAGCCCAGCGUAGAGCGUAUCGAGGUGGACAGAGAUGGAGUGCGGAGCGAUGUCAAUGACACCUUGGAUGUCGUCCUCAACACCACCGUCCGGCUGUCGUGCACUGCAUCUGGCAGUCCGCAGCCCACAGUUCAAUGGGUGCGUCACGGCAACACCGUGGGUGCUGACGCCGAGCUGGUGCUGCACGACAUAAGCGUCGGUCACGCCGGGCUGUACGCCUGCGUCGCGGCCAAUGAAGCGGGGCUCCACGAGAAAAGCGUACGAGUUAAUGUUUUGGAACCACCUCGGAUCUUCCAAACUGUUUUCCACAACGCCAACACCUCGCAGCACACGAGCGAGCUGGUGGUGCUGUCCGGCCGUGCCUUCCGCCUGCCCUGCCACGCGCGCGGCAACCCUCCUCCAGAGGUGUACUGGUUCAAGGAUAACCUGCCCCUCGCGUUGAACGACGACGCGAUGGUGUCUGCGGAGUUGGGACAGGUGCUGGUGGCGCACAGCGCGCGCGGCGGCCACGCGGGGAACUACACCUGCCUCGCCAGGAACAGCGUCGGGGAGGACAGUGCUGUGUACUUGGUCGAUGUUUUGGUGCCCCCUCCGACACCUAAACACAACAUGACAUAUACGCGGUCGGUGCGCGGCGCGGCGCUCGAGCUGACGUGCGCGGCGCGCGGGCACCCGCCGCCCUCCGUCACGUGGCUCAAGCACCCCUACACCGAGGUACGAGACGGCACCAGGGUCCGCUUGCUCGACGACAACUGCACGCUGAUGAUACCGGAGCCCGAAGUGUCUGACAGCGGCCGGUACUCGUGCAUCAUGUCCAACAAGGUGGGCACCGCGGAGCUGGUGUACGACGUCAGCAUCGAGACGCCCCCCACCAUCGCGGGCGACGCGACGCAGCGGCGCGUGCUGCUGCUGCGGCGCAGCGCCGUGCUGGCGUGCGAGGCGGACGGACGUCCCGCACCCAACAUCACCUGGUUCAAGGAUACUCAGCAGCUAAAUGACAGUCUGCCCAACAUCCAACGCGUGUCGGGCAGCAGUCUGAUGGGGCUGUGGAGCGUCAACGUUGGCGACGCGGGGCAGUACAUCUGCGUGGCGGAGAACAGCGUUGGCACGGCGCAGCGACGGUACGACGUUGCCGUGCAAGUUCCGGGCGAGUGGAGCGCGUGGUCGUCGUGGAGUUUCUGCAACGUGACGUGCGGCGCGGGCGCGCAGCACCGCACCAGGCUGUGCCGGUACACCGACGACUACAACAAUACCAUAGACAAGCACAGUCGGCCGGACAAGGUGAUAGUGGACGAGUCGGCGUGCAGCGGGCGCAGCGAGGCGAGCAGGACGUGCAACAUGCCGCCGUGUGAGGAGGAAGAAGUUUCGUCUGCGUGGUCGUCGUGGUCCCUGUGGUCGCGCUGCUCGGUGACAUGCGGGGCGGGCUCGCAGGCGCGCUCGCGCCGCUGCCGGGGGAGGACGCCCUGCGGAGGGGAUAACGUGCAGAUAAGGAAGUGCCCGGGUCUGCCCGCGUGCGCCGCGAGCGGGCACCGCUCUGCAGGGAUGCCGGACCACAGGAGCGGCGAAACGGACCCGGAGUAUAUCCCUGAAGCGACCAUCGAGAUGCAGAGUCCAGAAACUAUCAUGGCUAAAACAUACUCUUCGGAAAUGGACGAGGAUUUCUAUAUCCCUUCAGAGGUGAUGCAUUCCGUGUACAAAGUGGUGGUGAGUGACAACCUGGACGGCAGCGCGCGGGGUCCCUGCGGGCCGGGGUUCACGCACCACGCGGACGACGACUCCUGCGCAGAUAUCGACGAGUGUCUGUUGGACAGCAACCAGUGCCACCUGACGCAAGUGUGCGGCAACGCGCCGGGCGGCUACACGUGCUCGUGCCCCGCGGGCUACGCGUCCCUGGGAGCCGGACAGCGCUGCUUAGAUAUGAACGAGUGCGCGCUGGACACGCACGGGUGCGAGUUCGCGUGCGUCAACGCGGCGGGCGGCUUCGUGUGCGCGUGCCCCGCGCCGCUGCGUCUGCGCGCCGACCGCCGCACGUGCGCCGCGCCAUCGAUGUAUCGCGCGCCAAAUUCAUACGAAGAUUUGGACAUGGAAGAUGAUGUCGGCACUUCCUCGGAAUAUUCGCCCGAGUAACUCGAGCGUACGAAAUAGUUUCUUAAUUUAUUUAUGUACGAGUUUUUUAAAUAAUCGUAAUAAACCAUAUCGAC